AACUCAAAAAUUAAAACCUUCAGAUCCAAAGCAUGCCAUAAAUCGGAAAGCUAGUUAUAAAGCUCUUGAAGAACUUUAUACUUCUGGCAAAAUUCGAGCUAUUGGAGUAAGCAAUUACACUCACCGUCAUUUAACAGAUUUAUUAUCUUAUUGUACAGUUAUUCCUGCAGUUUUACAAGUUGAAUUACAUCCAUUAUAUUAUCAAAAAGAAUUAAUUGAUCUAUGUCGAGAACAUAAAAUUCAAAUUCAAGCUUAUUCAAGUUUAGGAGAAGGUAAAUUAGUUAGUGGAGAAAUUGAAAUACCAUUAAUUAAAGACAUUGCAAAGAAAAAUAAGGUUAGCGAAGCACAGAUUUUGUUGAGAUGGGCAUAUCAACAUGGAUUUAUUGUUAUACCUAAAUCUGUUAAAGCGGAAAGAAUUAAAGAAAAUAGAAAUAUUUUUAACUUUGAGCUAUCAAAUGAGGAUAUGGAAGCUUUGGAUUCCCUCGGAAAAUCACAAACAACUAAAUUUUGUUGGGAUCCUACUGAUAUAUAUUGA